GUUACUUAUCCUCUAAGAUUUUGGAUGACUUACUUCCAGAGUUAACAUUGUUAAGGGUCCUUUCUCUAAGUCAUUUUAAAAUAAGUGAGGUACCGGAUUCCAUUGGUAGUUUGAAGCACUUGCGGUAUCUUAAUUUAUCUAGAACUAAUAUAAAAGAGUUACCGGAGAAUGUUGGCAACCUUUAUAAUUUACAAACAUUGAUUCUUUCUUGGUGUUGGUUUUUAACUAAGCUGCCUAAAAGCUUCUUAAAUCUUAAAAGGUUACGACAUUUUGACAUAAGAGGUACUCCGUUGGAGAAGCUGCCAUUGGGGAUUGGUGAAUUGGAAAGCCUUCAAACUCUCACCAAGAUCAUCAUUGAAGGAGAUGAUGGCUUUGCAAUAAAUGAGCUCAAGGGAUUAACAAAUCUCCAUGGGGAAGUUUCCAUCGAGGGACUGCACAAAGUGCAAAGCGCAAAGCAUGCACGGGAGGCGAACUUAUCUCUAAAAAAGAUUACUGGAUUAGAGCUGCAAUGGGUUGAUGUGUUUGACGGCUCACGGAUGGAUACACUUAAAGAGGAAGUUCUCAAUGAGCUGAAACCUAAUAGUGAUACGUUGAAAACGCUUUCAAUCGUGUCAUACGGGGGAACACAAAUUUCAAAUUGGGUUGGUGAUCGCUCUUUUCAUGAGUUGGUUAAUGUGUCAAUACGUGGUUGUAGAAAAUGCACAUCUCUACCCCCGUUUGGGUUGCUCCAUUCUCUUAAGAGGUUGAAGAUUCAAGGCAUGGAUGAGGUUAAAAUCAUAGGUUUGGAGUUAACCGGAAAUGAUGUUAACGCCUUCCGUUCACUUGAAGUUCUAAGAUUUGAAGAUAUGUCUGGAUGGGAGGGAUGGUCAACUAUAAAUGAGAGUUCAGCAGCAGUGUUUCCAUGCCUUAAAGAGCUUUAUGUAAAGAAUUGUCCACAAUUGAUUCAUGUCUCACUUCAAGCACUGCCUUCACUCAAGGUUCUUGAAAUAGUGGGAUGUGGUGAUGGUGUGUUGAGAAGUCUGGUUCAGGUAGCUUCAUCAGUCACUAAGUUGGAAAUAGAUUCUAUCUCAGGGCUUACAUAUGAGGUGUGGAGAGGGGUUAUAAGGUAUCUUAAGGAAGUUGAAGAAUUAAGAAUCGGGGGAUGUAAUGAAAUAAAAUACUUGUGGGAAUCAGAAACAGAGGCAAGUAAGCUUCUUGUGAGAUUAAAGGUAUUGAGUUUACUGAGAUGUUCAGGUUUGGUAAGUUUAGAAGAGAAAGAGGAGGAUGACAAUUUUGGGAGCAGCACCCUGUUUUCUCUUAGAAGUUUGCAUGUAUACUCUUGUAGAAGCAUAAAGCGUUUAUGCUGUCCAAAUAGCAUUGAGAGUUUGGGAAUUGUUGAUUGUUCAGUUAUUACAGAUGUCCACCUCCCAAAAGAAGGAGGGAAUAAGCUCAAAUCACUUUGUAUAGAAAAUUGUGAUAAACUUGAGGGAAAAAUCAACAACACAAGCAUGCCAAUGCUUGAAACCCUAUAUAUUGAUACAUGGGAAAAUCUAAGAUCAAUCAGUGAAUUGAGCAACUCCACUCACCUCACCAGCCUGGAUAUAAUAGGAUGCCCACAUAUUGUGUCACUUCCAGAGCUUCAGCUAUCAAACCUCACCUUUUUGUCAAUUAGUGAUUGUAAACGUCUGGUGUCAUUACCUGAGCUAAAGAAUCUCGCCUUGUUAAAAGAUCUGAAAAUCAGAUGGUGUCCAGGUAUUGAUGUUUCCAUUCAUGGUGGGCGUUGGCCUCCCAAAUUGUGCUCACUUACACUAGAAGGGUUGAAGAAGAAGCCCAUAUCAGAGUGGGGGGAUCUGAAUUUUCCAACUUCCCUUGUUGACCUAACGUUAUAUGGUGAACCCAAUGUGAGGAAUUUUAGUCAGUUGUCCCACCUUUUCCCUUCUUCUCUUACAUCUCUGGACAUAACUGGAUUUGAUAAUCUGGAAUCACUUUCAACGGGACUCCAACACCUCACAUCCCUUCAACAUCUCACCAUUUACAGCUGCCCAAAGCUGAACGAUCUACCAGAGACGCUGUUACCUUCACUUUUGAGUUUGAGAAUACCUAAUGGAUGCCCAAAAUUGAAAGAAAGGUGUUCAGGAAGAGGCUCCCACUACUGGCCCCUCAUCUCUCAUAUCCCCUGCAUCGACAAUUGAAGACUAAUUGAAAGAAAGGCACUGAAAACAGAUUUCCUGUCGUGAAUACCAAAUCACCGACACCGUACCACCAUCUUCACACAUCAUAUCGGAUUUAUAAAGCCAUCACAGCUUUUCCGGCGACCCGUCAGUUAAAGAAAGAAUAAAAUCUAUCAAGGUUUCUUCAAAUCAACAAAACAGAUCCAAGAUACAUCAUAAUUGCUGGAAAGGGUACUACAUCUACUGCGUUAACUUGGGUCAAUUACAUGCUUCAAAAUAAGGCUGCAACAGAAAUCAAAGAACAACAAAAAUGAGAAACGAUGUCACAAAUGUUGUAGAAUUUACAAACGGUGUGAGUGAAGAAAGCCUGAAAAUGAUGCAGUAUCUUCAUGCAUAUUUCAACGGAACUAUCAAGACCAUCUUGCAGUUCCAAUGGUGAUGUUUAGGUGGAAACAAUACCAUCAGAUGCUGAUUUAUACGCUUUGCAGGUGAUGAUGUUGUCUGUUGGUUAUGAGGUGAAGAAAGGGGAUGGUGUACCUUAUCAGCCAUAUGGAAUAGUAAGGGUCAAGUUUGAUAAGUUCGAACCAGAUAGAUGGUUUCAUUACAUUGUUGCAUUCAUCCAGAAAGCUCCUUUGUUUCCAGCUUUGCAGAAACACAAGCGAGACAAAGAAUUUGUUUGGCUUAAGAAUCUGCGUGUGUGCAGAUUAAGAUCUUUGCUUCUAUUUAGUUAAGUUCUUUCAUUUUCAAGCUGAUUGAAAACAAAAGUGCAAAGUACAGAAUGAUGCUUAAUCUUCACAUUGAUGAUGAUACAGAGUUGAUCCAUGAUCUAGCAUACUCGUAUUUGGUGCAACUAGACACACGGAAGUGGACUGGAAAACGGUUCAAGCUAAAAAGGGCAUAACUUUCAUUACGUUUGAAGUUAUACGGGGAUAAGUAACGGACACAAACGCCUCAACGAGCCACAUGAAUGGACAAAUGCUAUAGGCGGGUUUUCUGACUCUCGGCACCCAAUUUUGACGUCUAGAGCUCCAAUUUUGAACUCAAGGCUGUUAAUUUCAAGGAACCCUUGGAGCGGUUACAAGUUGCGUCUGAUGGCACUUCUCAUUCAUGAUCUAAGUUACAUGCCUUUUAUUGGAACUUAUAACCGAUGAAGAAUUAAUGGAAUUUUGCCUCUAAUGGCAAGUUACCACUAAUGAUGAUUAUGGAACUAGCCUAUGAUGUCAAGUUACCAUCUGAUGAAGAUUAAAGGAACUUACCACUGAAACAAGUUACCUCUAGUGAAGAUCGAUGAAGUCUCGCUAAUGAAGAAGAGAUGCCACGUGUUAGCCUAUCAUUUGACGAAGACAAUCGGUUGAGAGGAUGUUAUACGUAAUUGUCACUUGUCAAUUUCGUACAUCUCAACAAGAUAACAAAAACAUGAGUCCGCAUUGAAUUUAUUAUCUCAAGUAGUUGAGAGUGAGUGCAUGAACUUAUCUGUGCAAACUUCAAAGGAAUUUUACAAGUCACAGAACCUUGCAUAGCUAGGAAAUCGUCUUGAAUUUCAAUUGUGAUUUGUGAUUAGCUUUACAUUAUGUAUUCAAAACAUUCGAUUUUAAUUACCCGAGUUCAAAGGGUCACGCACAGUAAUGUUAUGACCCUGAGAUCUAUGGAUGUAGUUUUAAAAGACUUAGUUUUGCUAUUCAAAAAGGGGUGGUGGUGUAGUUUG